UUAAUUCAGGUAGCAGAGAUGAGAAGAACCCUGACGCCUUCCAAUUCUCCGAUGUCUUCUCCUAGUAAGCACGGUGACAGAUUCAUUCCCUCAAGAGCUGGGGCCAACUGGAGCAUCAACUUCCACAGAAUAAAUGAAAAUGAAAAAUCACCAAGUCAAAACAGAAAAGCAAAGGAUGCGACAUCGGACAAUGGCAAAGAUGGCCUUGCUUACUCUGCCUUGCUGAAGAACGAGCUCUUAGGAGCAGGGAUCGAGAAGGUGCAAGACCCGCAGACAGAAGACAGGAGGCUGCAGCCGUCCAACCCGGAGAAGAAGUCUCUCUUCACUUAUUCACUGAGCACAAAGCGCUCCAGUCCAGAUGAUGGUAACGAGGUCUCGCCGUACUCCCUGUCUCCUGUCAGCAACAAAAG